CGGGCUUCAGGCCGACAGACCACCUUUCGCUGCCGCUGUUCCCCCUGCUGCCGUUGACUUGUGAGGAGCUUCGCGGCCGUCCCCACUGGCCACCAUGUCCGCCCAGGCGCAGAUGCGGGCCCUGCUGGACCAACUCAUGGGCACUGCUCGGGACGGUUCAGUGUAUCUUUGCCUGCCUACAUCAAUCUGCAAGGGAGUUGCAGAAAAGCCUCAUGUUCAUCGAGCCGUGAGUCACAACCAAUUUCUAAGCUGUUAUAACAAAAAAGUGUUUGCUUUUUUUCCACAAGUAACUUUAAAAGUGUAGUUUAGAAAGAAAACAUUUUCAGUAAAAAGACACUACAUUAAUCCUGGAUGCUUGCAAAUCCUGAAAUAUAUUCCUCCUUGACUAUUACACAGCACUGUGUCCUAUACACAGAUUAGCCUUAAAAUUUGUCACAUACCACUUUGCCUUUACUUUUAUGUAUCAUUCCCCCUGACUUCCUUACUGCAGGUGUGGGCAAGAAAACUUUUCCUUUAAAACUUUUCAACAGCGGGCAUAAAAUUCUGCAGCUGAGUUCUUGAAGAAUGCAGAUGGGUACAGUAUGUGUUGGAGUUCACAGUGUGUAUUGACUAACCUGAUUCUUUUUUGCUUUCUUUGGUAUUGUCUUGUUAAAAGUGACUCCCAGGUGCCAACUUCCAUUUUUAAGGGUGGGGAUAAAAGGGGAAUAAGAAGAAAAGGUCUAGAGAUAUUGAACAGUUAGUGAUAGAGCCUGAAAGCUUUCUUCUUAUUGCAGUUUUUGAUAAACCACUGCCUAUAAUUUGACUACAACAAAAGAUUAAUAGAUAGUUUGCUUGGUGGAAAUUACCAGCUCUAAGUCAUGUGGUAGAUUCAUGGCACUCUGAUUACAUAGGUCUUAGUGUCUCAUUGCCCAUAUGUGUAUUUGGGCUGGUGCCUUUUGUUGGUGCUCACUCUUACUUCUAACUCCUUGACUUAAUGAUGGAGUUAGAUGUGAUUAAGUGUGCGGCUUCAUAAAAUACUUAGCUUAAAACAAAUCUGUAUUCCUUUCCAGUUGUAAAUCUCUUUAGAUCAGUUUCUUAGUGUAUGUGAUGGGGAGAAUACAGAAAUGCUAGUCUGCAAAUCAUCCAGGUGUAUUGUUGUGCCAGGUAGCCUUGUGUAGUUAAUGAGAUAAUACUUUAUUUAAAACCACAAAUGAAUUUCAGGAGAUGAAACCAGACAGAGGGUCAAGUUUACAGAUGACCGUGUCUGCAAGAGUCACCUUCUGGAUUGCUGCCCCCAUGACAUCCUUGCUGGGACGCGCAUGGAUUUAGGAGAAUGUACCAAAAUCCACGACUUGGCCCUCCGAGCAGAUUAUGAGAUUGCAAGUAAAGAAAGAGACCUGUUUUUUGAAUUAGAUGCGAUGGAUCACUUAGAGUCCUUCAUUGCAGAGUGUGAUCGGAGAACUGAACUUGCCAAGAAGCGGUUGGCAGAAACACAGGAGGAGAUCAGUGCAGAAGUUUCUGCAAAGGCAGAAAAAGUACAUGAGUUGAAUGAAGAAAUAGGAAAGCUUCUUGCUAAAGCAGAGCAGCUGGGAGCUGAAGGAAAUGUGGAUGAGUCCCAGAAGAUCCUUAUGGAAGUGGAGAAAGUUCGUGCAAAGAAAAAAGAAGCAGAGGAAGAAUACAGAAAUUCCAUGCCUGCAUCCAGUUUUCAACAACAAAAACUCCGUGUCUGUGAGGUUUGUUCAGCUUACCUUGGUCUCCAUGACAAUGACCGACGUCUUGCAGAUCACUUCGGGGGCAAGUUACAUUUGGGGUUCAUUCAGAUCCGAGAGAAGCUUGAUCAGUUGAGGAAAACUGUGGCUGAAAAGCAGGAGAAGAGAAAUCAGGAUCGCUUGAGGAGAAGAGAGGAGAGAGAACGAGAGGAGCGGCUAAGCAGAAGGUCUGGAUCAAGAACCCGAGAUCGCAGGAGGUCACGAUCCCGGGAUCGGCGACGGAGGCGAUCUAGAUCUACCUCCCGAGAGCGGAGAAAGUUUUCCCGUUCCAGGUCCCGAGAUAGACACCGGCGCCAUCGCAGUCGUUCCCGGAGCCAUAGCCGGGGUCACCGCCGGGCUUCCAGGGACCGGAGUGCAAAAUACAAGUUCUCCAGGGAGCGCUCAUUGAGAGAGGAAUCGUGGGAGUACGGGCGGAGUGAGCGAGGGCCCACUGACUGGAGGUUGGAGAGCUCCAAUGGCAAGACUGCAUCGCGGAGGUCGGAGGAGAAGGAGGCUGGCGAGAUCUGAACCUGGCUCUGGCACUGUAAAUAGUCUAACAAACAUUCAGCACAGCCUAAAUUACCCUUUAUAUUUGCUGGAUAUAACUCAUCUUUUGUAGUUAAAAUUUCUAUUGUUUGGCCCUAGCUGUGAGUUUCUAGAGUUGUUCAGAGCUGCUCCUGUGUUUGGGGUUAUGUUGUAUAGGAACAAAUAAAUUUGGCGGCUGCCUCCUGACAGCUGUGUUGGGGUGUCUGCUGUCCUCUACUCUAGAGGCACUUCACUAGGAUCCUGCACUUGUGGAGAUAAAGGCUGGUGCUGCCAUUACCUUAGAAAACUGACCAAAUAUCUGACCACUUUAACUUUUGGUAUCCUGUGUGCCAGGGCACUCCCAACACACUUAACUGAGCCAGAUGUAUGUGGCUUCCCUGCCUGGCUCACACUCUGCAUCUCAGCUGCUCGUCUCCUCUCAAUGUAAACCAUAGAGCAGACUCUGGGUGAGAGGGGGCAGCCAUAUUACAAACUCAUUUUCUUAGGGAGAGCUAUAGCUAUUGAAACCUUAGCUUAGGUGAGCACAUUGCAGUUCCACUUUGUUACUUAGGUGGAAUAAAGACAUAGAUGACCCCUACCUGCCAAUCAGGAGGUCCUUGGGAGAGGGUUGCAGCUUAGGUCAGGUAUCUUGGGUGGUUUACACUCGGGGUAGGUUUAUUGUUAACCCCUGAGCAUAUGUUGUUGCUCACAGAGGACCAAUGCCUUCAGAUCAAAGUGAAGCCCAAAUAGAAAAGAUAACUGAAGCGUCUUCCCUUCACUUGUCCUGGGGGGGGUUAGAGUUUGUUUUCAGAGGGACCUGUAGUUGGUUGUGUUAAACAUAAAAGCACCCUCUCUAUGCCAUGCUUGUUAAGGUUUAGGUGCUGUCUUGAGCUGUAGGUUUGAUGGCCACACAUAGGAUCUUGAGAUCUUAUAGUGUGGCUCCUGGUGCUGCCCCAGGCUCCCUUUUAUGGAGGAUGUGUGUGGGUACCUGCAGUGCUGAUGGUGAAACAGGCUUUCCCUGGUCAACUGUCUCCAUAUGAAAGGAGGUGGGGUGGGAUAUCCCUGAAGGACCCACUGGGGCUCAGUGCUGUGCACAGGUGCCAUGUGUAGGUUUCAUCUCUAGCCCUUUGGCCUCCAGGUGGGACUCAAUUUAGCUUUGCUCUGCUCUCUUCCUGGAAUAAGGCCUGUACCUGGUCCCAGGUGAACAUUUUGACUAGUUGUGUACUCAUUUUGCUUCCUGGACUCUUUAGGGGACAUAACUGGACAGUUCUCCUCAGAGUCAGCAUUAUGUCUGGUUUGAAUUCUUUCUGUACUUUUUCUGUCUAGAUAUAAAUUUGAAUGUGGAGAAACAGCUGUUUUAUCGGGGUGUAAAGUUACUGGAAACAUUUCUGUACCGUGGCCUGUGGUACCCUCAGAGGAUAAUUCCUAGGCUCAUGUGGCAUACUGCAGCUACUGAGGUACAGUAGGCAGACCUCCUGCUUAGGUAGCAUCCUUUGCGUGGUCAGGGUCCCUAGAGUUGCAGAAAGGCCACUUGUUUAGUCUCUUGUGGAGGAUGUUCUUACCAAAGGCAGUGUAGCAUUUGUUUGUUUGGAAGGACAGUCUUGCCUUGUUACCCAGGCUGUUGAACUUCAGGGCUGAAGAUUCCUGUCUCUGUCUCCAAGUAGCUGGCACUGAUGACUGUGCCAACACAUCUGGAUGGUUUGUUUUAUUGUCCUUUUCUUUUUCUUUCUUUCUUUUUUUUCUUUUUUUCUAGACAGGGUUUCUCUGUGUAGCCCCGGCUGUCCUGGAACUCAUUCUGUAGAACCAGCUGGCCUCGACCUCAGAGGUCUGCCUACCUCUGCCUCCUGAUGUUUUGUUUUCUUAAUUGGAGUUUUCAUGGAGAAAGGGAACUAGGAGAACAGAUAACCAUAAAUCUGUUGUGUGUGUUUGUUGGUGGCUCAGGCCAUUAUGUAAGAACCUGAGGGACCAGGACAGGUGCCAAUUAGGUUCUAGCCCCAAGAACUGGGAGAGCCAGUAGUUUUCAUCCUGGCCUUUUGUGAGGCCGACUAAUCAGGACCACCCACGGGUAGGGUACAGGAGGAGCAGAUAUGCCCUUCCUGGACACUGUUGUUCUUUGCAGGCCCUUGGUGAUAGCACUGCAUUGGGCAGGACAGUCCUAACUCUGGCUUGUGAUGCUAAUGCUUCUCCAAUCCACCCUGUGUUUUCCCAUGUCAUGUAGUGUCUGUUGUGCAUGUGCUCUGAGAGAUGACUUCACAUACAGGACGUAGUUUGUCUUAUGUUGAAUAAGAACUGAAGGACAUAUUCAUAUGGGAUAUAUAGCAAAUGGGGCAGCAGAUUAAAAUCAGGUUCUUCAAUGACCAUGAUUGAUUCUUAGGCAAGAAGAAAGCAUUACCUUCUCUCUGAAAUCAGAUGAAAACAGGGUUUGGUAGCUCCUGGUCCCCUUGUGUACAUGAUAAGCACUAGGGCCUAGGGACGAAAUCCUGGGUCUAGAGUCUGGCAACAUUGGGCCUUUACCACAAGCCUUCCUGAUAUUGGAAGUUAUUUUUGUCUUGUCUCAUGUAGGUCAGCCUUGUGCCAAUAGGUGGCACUGUCCCAGUUUUGGAGACUGUUUUAGAUGUCCUGGGCACCUAAGCUAUCUAUCAGCACCCACAGCCCUAUACACCCACCUUCCUACAGGGAGGGGUGGGCCUAUCAGUGAAUUAGGCCCCGCCCAUGUGGAUCUGAAAACAGGAGGAUGAACAUGAAGCAUCCAUAGAGAGUGUCUAACCAUGACUACUCCUGCACUUAGAGGACCUGUGGUACUGUAAUUCUCUGAGGGAUAAAAGUGGCAGGUAUUUGCCCAGGAUGGCCAAAUCAGUCCUCAAUAUUUGUGAUGAAUAACCCUAGGCCUGCCACGCUAGAGACCUCUUGAAUCUCCUAAUGUUCCAUGGUCAUUUUAACAGGCAAAAGGCUGGAACUUCAUCAUAUUAACUUGGGGAUCUGUGACUCUUGGACCUUGACCCGUGCAUUGGGAGGAUGGUAGGCCCUUAGUACUCAGGAGACAUGAGAGAGAGAGGAGAUGUAGGAUAUGCCCCUUGGAGGACCCAUCUCCAGUUUAAUAAUGCUUGGAAGCCAGCACCUAAAUGUUGUGGCUCAGGAACAUCACUGUCGAGGCCCACAUGGUAUGCCAGACAUCCAGAGUAGGGCCAGGCAAAGACCAACAGGCUGACAUCGGCCCAGGAGCUGUGGGAGCGGUUGCUUACCUUGAUGGGGCCUCUCCAGAGGGUCAGUCUAUCAGCCACCGGGCUGUGGGCUGUAAUCGGCAGUCUGUGAACUCUGGUUUCCAGUUUGCCAUGACCUGGGAACUUAAGUUUUCUUGGGCUCCCAAGCCUCAGAUUUUUCCUACCUGGCUUAUAUUAUUAGAAUACACGGAAUUUUAGAGUGUGUUCUAUCCUUGUCAGUGUCUUCUGCCUCCUGAGUCGUUAACACACUUCCUUGGGUCUGCUUACUAAUAAAAUGAACAUAAUUACUUCUCAGAUAAGUAAAUGGACAGCUGUUAGGUGUGUGACUCCUAGCACAUGUUCCUUUCAGAACUGUGAUAUUUAUGGAAUGCCCAUGAUGUAUUCCAGUGAUAGCAAAAUACAGCAAAGCUUCAUAUAACAAACUACUAUUACAGCCAUUUCUGAUGUGUGUAAGUCAGUGAUGUUUAUGUAUCCACAGUGUUGUGCAGUCAUCAUUCUUAGUAAGUUGCAGGAUGUUAUCAUCCAGACAGAAACUCCAGCCCACUAGCUAAAACCAUCCAGCUCCUUCUGAAGCUCCUGGCAACCAGGAGUCUGUUUUCUGUCCCUAUAGUUUGCUCAUUUGGAUAGUUCACAAACGGAUUCAUUCACUGUAUGGCCUUUGGUGUAUUGGCUUCUACUCAAGGUGUCUGCAAAAUUCAGUGGCAUGAUAUAAUCUUACAUUUAUGGGUGGAGAAUAUUCCAUUCUAAGUGUGAACUACAUGUUAUUUACUUUUACUCUUGAUGGUUAAUCUGAUCAACUCAAAGGGUUUUAGAAUCACCAUGAAAACACCCCGAGUGUGUCUGUGAAGGUGUUUCCAGAGGUUUCAGUGAGAAAACCCACCCAGAUAUAGGCUGCACUGUUCUAAACUCCGGGGUCCUAGAUUGAAUAAAAAGGAGGGAAAGAGCUGAGCACCAGCCGUCAUCUCUGCUUCCUGACUGCAGAUGCAGUGCGACCAGCUGCCUUAAGUUCCUGCAACCAUGACUUCCCCCACCAGGACUGUACCCUUAUACUGUGAACUAAAAUAAAGCUCCUUCCCUCGGCUGA